AUGGUUGUCAUCAAACGAUUCCGAACAGUCUGGGGCGUCGAGUCCGGAAAGGACUUUGAGAAUUGGAUCCCAUGGUUUCCUGAUCUCAAGAAGCAAGGUUACGCCGGUAUCGAAGUCGAUAUCACAGAUCGUGAUGUCGACAACCUCCAGCAAUUGCGAAGGAUCUUGGAUGAUGUCGGCCUAGAAGCCACUGUGCUGAAUCUGACGCCGGAUAUUCACCUCGAGAUUUAUCGUCAGAACCUCGAGCGAGCAAAGAUCUUGAAGCCUGUGAAGAUCAACGCACAAUCUGGAGGCGACUACUGGAGUCUUGACGAAUCAGUUUACUUCUACGAGAAGACCCUUGGCAUCGACAUGGAGCUGGGCCUCACAGGUCUCGUCAGCCACGAAACUCAUCGCAACAGGUCUUUGUUCACGCCGUAUGCUGCCAAGUAUAUCUUACCAAAAGUUCCAGAGCUUCGGGUGACAGCGGAUGUCUCUCACUGGGUGGUCGUUUGCGAAAGACUCCUAGACCUCGGAGAAGAGGAUAAAGAGAUUCUUGAUCUUCUGAUCCCAAGAGUCGCUCAUAUCCAUGCCCGUAUUGGAACGACCCAGUCCUCUCAGUGCCCUGAGCCAGAAGAUGCUGUGUUCAAGGAGGAGCGAGAGUUUUUUGAGAAGCUCUGGCUGCGCAUCGUCAAGGCGCGAAGCAAGGAUAGCGACCUCAUCACUUUUGUACCAGAAUACGGCCCGUAUCCCUAUCACCCUUAUGGAAGCGUUAGAACUCAUGGCCAGGUCGCUGAUAGUGAAGGUGCGAGGUUGCAGAAGCUCUUUGAAGAGAGCCUGAAAUAG